UUCUCACGUAAAGAAAAGCGUGCGUGUGGCUGUGGUACAUCUGGAAUAGUGCUUCUAGUAUCUACAGCGGGAUCUGUGCACUAGCUGGGAUCGCUUCCACUCCUUAAACUCUUUGACACUCAUUUUUAAAGGGAAAUUUACCACAGCCGUUGCUUUCUAUCUAUCAGAAAAUGCUGCUCAUCCUGCUCGCAGUGCUCAUCUUGCACCUCAUCAUCCUGGUCUUACUGUUUGUCUCAACAAUUGCCAAUGCCUGGACUGUAGGAGGAACCAAGAAUACUGACCUGUGGUACAGCUGUCUCACUACUAACGUAGGAUAUCACUGCAGUUCUGCCAGCAAUGAAGACUGGAUCCAGGCGGUUCAGGCCCUCAUGGUCCUGUCAGUGCUGUUCUGCCUCUUCUCUCUGGUCUUCUUCAUGUGUCAGCUCUUCACCCUGGUCAAAGGAGGACGCUUCUUCUUCACCGCCGUCUUCCAGAUCCUCGCCAGUCUGUUUGUGAUGUGUGGAGCUAUAAUCUACACGGUAAUGCGUCCGGAUGGGGAGAAGGAUGCUGCGUUUGGCUUUGCCUACAUCCUGGCCUGGGUGUCCUUCCCUCUGUGUCUGGUCAGUGGUCUCAUCUACAUCGUACUGAGGAAGAGGGAAUGAGAGAGGGAUGGAGGCUGAGGUUAAGACCUCACACCA